UUUGUAAAAUAAUCUUUAAAAUGUCUGUAGCAUCCUUAACACCUCAAAUUACUGGAACCAUUUACAUGGGUUUGAAUUUGAACCCAAAUGGAUCAAAGCUUUUCCAGACAACAAAUUCGGUUCCAUGGAUCAAGAAAACAGUUUCAAAUGGUUCUAGGAUUCAUUGCAUGAAGGUUUGGAAUCCAAUCGAUAACAAGAAGUUUGAAACUCUUUCGUAUCUUCCACCUCUUACAGAUGACUCCAUUGCAAAGGAGAUUGAUUACAUGAUGAAGAAGGGAUGGAUACCCUGUCUUGAGUUUGAUUCGGUGGGAUAUGUAUUUCGAGAGAACAGCCGAAUUCCAAAUUACUAUGAUGGGAGAUAUUGGACAAUGUGGAAGCUGCCCAUGUUUGGUUGCAUAGAUGCAUCACAAGUUUUGAUAGAAAUACAAGAAUGCAAGAAAGCGUACCCAAAUGCAUAUAUAAGGUGUUUGGCCUUUGAUAAUGUGAAGCAAGCUCAAUGUAUGUCUUUUGUUAUUCAAAAACCUUCUGCCCCAUGAAAAUGUCUUUGAUGUGGUUUUGUUUUUAUCUUUUUGGGAAUUGUUGGUCAAAGAUUCUCUAAAGUUUGUUGGGUGUUUAUUUUAUGAUGGUUUGAAAUAAGUUAAUUGAGUUGUUUG